GGUCGACGCGAAUCUCGGAUAGACAAGUGAAACUACUUUAACUAACGACGGCGUGGACAAAGCCUUAAUUUAAUUUACACACGUUUCUCUCUUAUUUUGCGACUCGGUUUCUACCUAAUACCAUCAACAUUAACAUAUUCGCGAUUAUCACGACCUCUCAUCACGAUCAUUCUAUUACGGAUUUAUCAUCGUGAGCGCAAACACUUCCUUAUUUGACCGCAUCUAUCCGCGCAGUCAACGAUACCAAUCAUUGUCGCAUAAGUCGAAUCUAACUCGAAUCACUCAUAAUGUGUUUAAUAUUCACCUGUGGUGAACAUACCUUCCGCAAGGAAGUUGAAGGUUAUGAGGGCAUCACAUGUCAAUGUCAUAACUGCGGAAACUGGGCCGGACAUGUCAUCAAGAGCAAUCCCUGGUUCACCUUCUGUUUUGUUCCCGUUGUUCCUCUUUCCAUUCAUGGUUACCACGAUGUUAUCUGCAACAUCUGCCACUUUGCGCAACCGUUAGAGAACCGACAAGAUGUCCAAGCCAUGAAACGUGGUGUUGAAGGAGGAGGCAAUAUACCGAUGCAGAACCAACCGCCGCCGCCACAACAACAAGGCGGUCCACCGCAAGGAUGGGGACAAGCACCACCUCAAGGCCAAGCGCCUAUGAGAUAUGGAUAGUAGGCAAUGGAAGAGCCUGACGAUUCUCACUCAUUCAAAUAAUGGAAUUUCUAUGUUGGGUGAUUCGUGGGCUACAAGAAGACGCGUUUAUCGCAUUCAUCACGUCGCAUCAGAAUUGGAGUUCAACGGAUUUUGUGUGCUAUUAUGAUAUCCUACUCGAGGCGUUUUGACAUGAUUGGUGGAUGAGACGACGAAUUCGCUUUCGCAUAUCAGAGCUUCAAUGUUGUUUUAUGAGCUGUACAAUGUACAUUGAUUUGCUUUACUUGUACGAUUCUGUUGGGAAUUGCCGAGAAGCAAUGUUAUAAUUCUUUUAUUAACUCCAAUCCUGAUUCCCUGACGUGAUAGUAUCUCUCAAGACUACAUAUGAAUAACG